CUGGGGCGUUUCGAAUUUUGUGAAGUGAACAGACCGUAUUCUGUGUAUUACGGUAUACGGUAAAGACAUGCAAGUCUACUUCACACAAUGGAAAGAUGUGCUUAGUAUCAAACUUAAUACUGAUGUGUAUGUAAACACAACUUUGGCAAAUGUUUACGAGAAUCAACGAACCAUGACAAAGUGUCUGGUCACAGAUAUUUACCCUUACAUCCUUUAAUUAACGACUGUUUUGUGAACAGCGUCGGUAAGUGUCUCCUAAACUUAACACUGUGACAGCAAAUUAUCCUCAAUAUGAAAAUGAAAUACAGAAUAAGAACUGCAGUAUAGUAGCUAGGCUUAUUGACGAAACAUCAAUGGAAAAGGAAAUUUUUAAAAUAUAAUCGGUGUUUUUUGUGUGAUAAUUGGAGAUUAAAUAACUUCUCAGCUUGAAGAAAAGACAUUUCUGUUUCUAAAGAAAAUUCCUGGGUUUUUCUCUCGCUGAAAGUGUAUUAAAAUGGAACACUGCAAUGUUCCAGACUUUCAGGCACAGUUUCCUACCAAGAUACCUUGUCACCACCAGGCGGAAGAACUGCUGAUGACGAUUAAUGACGAAAUAUGUAAAUGUAUGCAAGAUUAUACAGAAUCGCGGAAACUUACUGAGGCGAAAACGGACACAUUCGAUCACUUCUUUACUCGCCUCGCUGUUGAGGCUAUAGCAACGGGACGGCCAUAUUUCUCUGCCGCUUAUGAAUCAGUUGGAAGUCGGGGCGAAGGUUUGGGUUUUUUAGCGAACGAUACGGACACAUUAAGCACCAUGACAACACUUUCGGCGUGCUUUCCUUCACCGGAAGUGGACCUUUUAGAUAACAUGUUUGUGAUAGAUACAGAAGGCUGUCACCCAGGAUACUGCAAACUCCAGUUCCACCGAAAAAAUGUAAGUGAUUCAUAUACGAUACCCCAACAAUUUAUAGCGAAGAGAAAAAGAGUUGUCUUUCUUUGCAAUACUGCUUUGGUAACAAUGUUCCAUGAAGGAAACAGCAAGUUUAGUGCAUGGCAUUCACACGGGCCAGCCCUGACUAGUGACGAACUACAACAGGACUGGGUCAUAGCUGUGAAAUGUGUCAACCCCGGUCGUCUGCUACAAAAUUACACUGAGAGGACAAGAACGUGGCCGGAUAGAGCGACCGUGGAGAGGUUGACAAAGGUCCAAUAUGCUGUCGUAAGUGCCAGUCAUCCGACUUGUAAUGAAACUUCUUUGGAAUUUCGUAUUUCAUUUGCAUCUGCGGAGAAGCUUCUAAUCAGAAGUUUGUCUGACGUUCAGUUUGCUGUUUAUGCUUUCCUGAAGUAUAUAAAGAGGCGAAUAGAGGAAGACAUCUGCAGUUCUGACGAUGUUCUGAGAACGUACUAUGUGAAAAUGGCACUGCUUUGGUGUUGUGAGAGGAUGGAGCCUGCUGUUUGGACAGCCAAGAACUUCCUGCAUUGUACCUCUGUGUGUCUGAAAUUUCUUCAACAAUGUUUCCAUUCCAAAAAUCUUCCACAACUAUUCAUGCCGGAAAACAAUUUGAUUGACCACUUAGUGCCAGACGAGUGUGACAGAAUUGCAGCCGAUAUUGGCAGGUACAUAGAACCCCUAAACCCAAGACUCUUUCUCAACUGCUUGUGCGACGAAACAUUUGACGGAGCUUUUGACAGGUUACUCUCUCGUCCAAGGCGAGAUUUGUCAGUUCAGAUUCGGAAAUUGUUCUUGAGAUCUUCAACAUCAAACAUAGCUGUAGAUAAGAUAUCGGCUGUGAUGGAAACGGAUACCAUAUCCUUCAUCCUAGCAGAAUUAUCGGUGAAGGACGAACAUGUGUUUUGCCCAGUGCUAUAUGAAACCAUUCGCGACCUACACAAUAUCGUUUGUCCCGACAUGGUCGAUUGUAUGAGGUCUCUACUGUACCGUUUCCUAGCAGAUAUAAUACACAGACAGACUGGGUUCAUCCGAAACAACAUUCGUCAAGCAGAAGAGUUGUACCUUCGAGGUAUAAGUCUAGUGUAUCCAAUUAGCAAAUUUGACGACAAGGAAUUUUCAGGCAGCAUUCAAUUGGCAUUAUUCUAUUACCUCAACAAAGAAUAUGUGAAAGCGAAGACAGUUAUGAGAAGAAUAGAAACAAUACUUUACAAAGUGGAUCCCACGCGUAGCCUAUCCAUCAUUCUUGUGUAUGGUGACCUGCAGCGAAUGUGGCACGACACUUUCCUUCAAGAUAUGGUGGGACGCUUUAGCGAUCCAGACCUUGAUACGUUGCCCAUCAAAUGCAAUGCAUUAGCCCUUUAUAUCUUUGCACGAUGUAUCAGCCAUCUGUAUGAGAGCAAGUACAUGCAGUCACAAAGAGUGAGACUCAAAAAGCUGAAACGUUCAGUUCUAGUGAACCUCAAACAUCUACCAGGAUUAGAUCCAGAGACACUCAAGUACACAUCGAUGGUUUUACAGCGUACAAAAACGAUACUCCUGGAACUAAUAUCUCUGAUAAGGUGACAUUAAACUGUUUUACGCUCCCUCGCCAAACCAAAUGUUUUAGGAUUCGAGCCUCUCACAUUGGAUUCUUUAUGAAGCAUGUAAAAUAUUUAACUGUAAUUCCUCUUGUGUAAAUGAUUUGGCAAAUUCAAACCACGUGGUUCAAUCGUGUUCCUUAAAUUCAUCGCUUUCUUUGAUCUUUAUUACAUCAGAACCAACGGUGACAGUUAACGUCUAAUCUGUAUACGAUAAGCGGUACGAUUUCGUUUUCCGAUCUUGAACUUUCCCUGUCUUGAUAGUAAUAUCCCUGCUUCAGCAACCUACGAUGUUUACAUGGCAUAUAGUUGAUUUGGUAUUUAAGAGCCUGAUUCAAAUAUCACGACUUCCGUGAUAGAUGUCGACUACUAACUUACAACAGAGGGUUUCCAGAGAUGCAGGUUGACGAAGACUGUGGACAACUUUUACGGUCGCCGUCAGGACUCAUUGGAAAUAUGCUAUUUUUUGUGUGUGAUAUGACGUGGAUAUGUUUGGCUUAUGUUUGUUAGUUGCCCAUUUUUGUUGUCACUUGAGAAUGUAGCAUUGCCUGAAUUUACAUGGCGGAUGUCGUUGAUGAAGAAAACAUUAUUCUCCUGAUACUUUUUUUCAAUACUAAUCGUGGGAAUCCAUCCUUUGGUCACAUUUUACCAUAUUUUCAUUGAAGUUGGUCAUUAGAUAUUCUGUUGUUUUAAUAUAAAUGAUGUAAGUUACGAUUUUUGAGAUAACAUUUAUAACUCUUUUAUUGUUUCAAAUUUUUUAACUGUUGUCCCUUAAUGUGGCAUUUAUAUUACAUUUGUAUUUGAAAAGUGUAAGAAAGACGGAGAAGAUACAAGGAAGGGCGUCAUGUUUUAUAUAUAUAAUGAUUACAACUCAUCCUUCAGGUAGCUACUCAGUAUUGCCAACAGCGAUAGGCUACAUGUGGAGAGGCGACUGAAGGACAUGGGUUGUGAGGUUUUUAAACUUAUACACAAAGUGUCUCCCGAGUAUAUCCUUAACCUUGUAACUUAAAUAUAUCAAACUAUGAACGCAGGGAAACAAAUACUGCGGAGGUGCCCAGGGUAAACACUGUGAAGUACGAACAGAAAUGUUUUAUGUUGAGCCCGCCCUUGUAUGGAAAAGUCUCCCUAAUGAAUUCCGAAGAGUUGAAAAUUUCAAGGAGUACAGGCGGCUGGCUGAUUCACUCCUGGGAUGGCCCCAUCUGCCUUUGCAAUCUCUGUACGGAUUAGUGUUUCACGUGUUUGCACUGGUCAUGAGUUUUUAAAUUGUAUCAUGCUACUCUUAUUCCAUACUUUUUGUUUACGGUAUCUAUUUUACAUUUUACAGAACACAAUUAAUUUACACCACUGCUAUCAGUAUCAUCUUGUAUAUCUGUUUUAAACAGUUGUUACUUUCUCUUUCUCCUCAAUAUUUUUACAGAACUAAUUGAUACCAUUGAUGUCAAUACCAUGUUUAAGUUUAAACUACAUUAGUGUCAAUUUCUAUUCUCUGAUAUAUAUUAGUAUUGUAUCUAUGUUCCACUCUAUAGUGAUUUAACCGUACUCGUUAGUGAUUGUGUGCUAUAUAUUAGCAUUGUAUCUAUGUUCCACUCUAUAGUGAUUUAACCUUACUCGUUAGUGAUUGUGUGCUAUAUACUAGCAUUGUAUCCAUGUUACACUCUAUAGUGAUUUAACCUUAUUCGUUAGUGAUUGUGUGCUAUAUACCAGCAUUGUAUCCAUGUUACACUCUAUAGUGAUUCAACCUUACUCGUUAGUGGUUGUGUGCUAUAUACUAGCAUUGUAUCGAUGUUCCACUCUAUAGUGAUUUAACCUUACUCGUUAGUGAUUGUGUGCUAUAUACUAGCAUUGUAUCAAUGUUACACUCUAUAGUGAUUUAACUUUACUCGUUAGUGAUUGUGUGCUAUAUACUAGCAAUGUAUCUAUGUUCCACUCUAUAGUGAUUUAACCUUACUCGUUAGUGAUUGUGUGAUAUACAAGUGUUCACUUUCAAAUUAUGUCUUCUUGAGUAUCCUUUUUUGAAUAUUAUUUAUCUUUGAUAGCACUUCAUGCCGCUUUGUUUUAUUUUAAUUUUAAUUUCGUAUCAACUCUGUUAUGUCAUGUCUUGGGGCCUCUUUAGUUAGGAGAUUGCCGAUCACUUAGAAACCUGAGAUAUGAUACUUUUCCCUUUCACUGUGAAAGGACUUAAUGCUACACUUGUAUUUAUGAAUAAGCUAUCUGUGAUAACUCCUGUUUCAUGUUAUAUUAUAAUGUUUUUAUUGUUUUCCAUAAAUAGGUUUGUCGCAAUAAUAGUUGACAAGAGCCUUUAUUUAUACGACUCUAAAUAAAGUUUCUAGUAUCUUGUAUAUGCAUUAGUAUAAAUAUAUGGGUCAAAAAAAGUAAUAUAGACGGUAAAAUGCCAUAUAACACUGGAUAAACUACACAUCUUGAUGUUUGUACGCAAUCUGACACUGAUUUUCGUUAAAAUUUCCAGAUCAAUUUAGCUUUUAAUUAAUAUACAAAUCGUAGCUGUGUUUGCACACCGCAUUUAGAUUUGUCUAUGGUGUAUAAAGAAUGUUUGGCAGAGGUCCGUAUUUGUCUUCUAAACGAAGCUAAGCUUGACUCUCCUGGCUAGUACAACUCGUCGCAUGAACAAAUGUUCCUUUGGAUUCGGGUACUCAGUAGGUUACUUCAUAGUACAGGGCGGAGAAAGUACGUCACGUGCCAUGGCAUUAAUAUACCCGCUUUCAGGUAAUUUUUAGGAAUUGCAAACUUAUACUAUUUGAUCGUUUCAUUGUACUAUUACUUCUCUUGUCCUUACUUUAAAACUCUGGAAUC